CCUGUCAAGUCUUUCAUUAAGACCCUAAGACACAAUGAACUGGCAUCAGAUAUUAGCAACAGUUUAGCCAUCAUUACUAGAUAACAUGACCAGUCCAUUUGAGAUACAUAUUUGUUUAAUAGUUAACAUUCUGUUAAAAAAAUAGAGAGAGAAAGAGGGUGGAGUAGAGAGAAGUCAGACUCCAGUGAAUGCUCUGCUUAUUUUAUAUCCACUAUAACUAUUUCUGUCCAUGAAAAUUGGCUUAAUUAUAUCAAUGGAAUGUUUCUUUUUCAAUUCUGUAUGCAAUUAGUCCAUCUUGCUGGCUGCAAUUUAUUUUAAUAAAAAAAUAAACCAGUGGCGUGUUCAGUUCCUCAUCCCCUGGGGACAAAUGCGAUUGGUGUGUUUAAUUUCAUUAACUACAAUGCGGCCUACUGGAAAAAUGUAUAAAAUCAGCUUUAUACAGCUUAAACACUGGCAUUUGAAACAAAUCAUUAUUGCAUUAGCUGUCACACUGGUAAUUCUAGAAUCCAAGACAAAAAUAUUAUAGCUGUUUUUAUAACCCUUUGCAAAUACACUGUUAAAAUAAUUUGUAAUCAUUUUUUAAACAUGGCCUGGUGUUUUUAGUUAAAAUAUUUUAUCACCCCCAAAGAAGGCUGGCUAUUCAUUAUCUCAUACACAUUUUAUUGACUGAUUCAUAGGUUGUUUUCAGUGUAGAAAAUCUAUGCUUUUCUUUCUAAAGAUCUCCAAACUGAAGAUGGACUUUUUAGUACCCAGACAAAUGUGAUUUCUCCUUUGUUUUUAACUGACUCUACAGUUUUUCCUAAAUUGCAAGGCUGCUUUUGGGAAUGGGGGUGUUGAGGUAUAUGCUGCCAAUAAUAUAAAUCUAGAGGCUCAGAAAGCUAAGCUAUCCUUCCUCCUCAACUUGCUGCUGGUUAUAUGCUGCGCUGGUUUGCAACACUAUUGAACAGGAUUCCAAACCUUUUUUGUUUUGUGGGCCGUGGUGUGUUACUUAAAAUACUUUUAUUGCAAGUGCAUGUAGUAGUAGUUUGGGCCAAGUCUGGCCUGCCUUUACUAAGCCCAAAUCCCUCAGGCUUUAGUGGGAUUUAUAAGCAGGGGAUGAGGAUUUAGCCCAUUCUGUCGAGUUUGAAUUUCACACACCUAAUUUAUUUGGUCUGGGUAUUUUUUAGAUAUUAAGAAUUAACCACAAAACCAUCCUUCCUAUUAUUUGCUGGUGCAUGUAUAUACUUCAGCACAGCUUAAAUUUGGACUUUGCAAACAUGAUGUGUUAGUAAUGCUUAGUUUUAACACUGUAUUUAGUAUAAAUUAGGCACAUGCAUUUGACUGUACUUAAAAUAACAAAAAUCCUGUUACACGCUUCUCAUGGGGGAGGGGUGCAGCAGAAGUGGGUGAGAGGGGACACAUCCUUGGUGAAUGGGAUUUUAUUUGAGGUUUUUGUACCAACAUCAGUAGGACUAAUAUAUGCCAGAUGAUUCUCAGGUCUGCGAGAUUUUGCAUAUUGGCAUAUGAACAUUUAAAGGGGAUUGUCUUUUAGCAUCUGCAAGUCAAUAGGUCUAUAGAGAAAUUUCUUUUUCUUUAUGGAAUGAUCAAUCGUGCAACCUCAGCAGAAUUUGUACAGAUUCCUAUUUGCUGCAGGGGCUGGAGCUUCCUCUCCAAAGCAGAAACAAAACAGAGAUGCUUGGAGGACCUGAUACCUUGGACCUAUAAUUCAGCUGCACUCUUACACCCAUCAUUUUCUCUCCUGCUGCUGCCAAAAAAUACAGCCAUCCAUUCAUCUUCCUUUCCCUGUUGCAAAAAGUUAAUUAAUUUCUAAUGAACAAAAACACAUGGUGUACAACCCAUUCUAGGUUUUUGUAGUGUGUCCACCUUGGUGGUUCCUGCAUGCCAAACAGUGGGAUGGCAACUGGGAGCUUGGUGCCCAGUGAGAAAAAAUGCCAAGGAUUGUUGCCUGAUUUGUUUCCAGUGGGAUUAUGGGAUCUCAUUACCAGUGCUUGGAGGUCUUAAGCUGGUUGCACUAAAUUCUGAUAGUCUAAGAUAGCUUUCCAUUGUCAUUUCUUUGCUGGGGUUCCAACACGGGCACUCUAGUUUGUUGGCAUUAAUAGAAAAUAUUUAAUUUUGUUUCCCACUUUGUUCAAAAUAACAAAAUUGGCAAAAAAGGUCAAAGUGUCAUCUUGGCUAAUGGCGUAACUCAUCAAUUGGUCUAGAAGUAAGGGGGUUGUAUUUCUGAGGGAGCUGGUUUCUCUAUUCAGGUGUCUGCCCAUAGGACGUCAGCAAACCCAGAGCUGUGUUUUGUUUCUGUGCCAGAAUGCCCAAGGCCCUAACUGCGCAGAUAAGUGACUGCAAUUUGCUGGGCAAAGGGUGCGAUGAUGUGCAGAAAGAGAACAGGCUGCACAGGAAAAGGGGAUCAGCAUAGCCCACAUACUCCCAGAGGCUGCAGAGCACUGCUUCAAGGAGGGUCUGUGCUGCAAGCUGGGAGUGAGGGGAAGCAAGAUGGUACAUGGGGAGCAGCUGCAGUGAGAGUGGAGAAGACACUUUUCCCUGAACUCCACGGGGAGCUCCCCCAUGCAUAUUCUGCUUGCUUUGGCUAUAUGCAAAAGACCAUGAUUGAUCUGUCUUUGCAAAAGCAAGAACUCUAGCUUAGUGGACCAGUUUGCUGGGCCUCUUCUUUCCAUGCUAGAACAUAUGUUUCUCUCUUCCCCUUCCCCAGUUAUUUUUCUUGAGACUCUGACACUCUGUACAAAAGUGUGGAAACUUGGAUGAAAAUAGUAUAUAGAGCGUGGAAAAAAACCAUAAAAUGAUGGAGCAAUGGAAUUAGUGGCUAUGUUCUAGGCAUUUAGUUAAAGAGAUUUGAAAACAGCCAGACAGUAUAGUCGAUGGAUCAAACAGGGAAGUGGGAUCCAGGAAACCUGGGUUCUACUGCUGGCUUUGCUGUUGCCUGGCUAUGUGUGUCUGUAAAGUACUGUAUGAGGUUCUUGAUGAUGAUUUAUGGGCCUGAUCCAAGUUCUGCCUGCUUCAAGGGCAGCUCUUUCACUGACUUCACUGUGUUUUGUUGCAACAAUUUUGGGUGAUGCUAGAAGUUGUUCUUCCAUUUAAAAUGUUCUCUCAGGAGUGUUUUGCUUUCAUCCAGUUUUGUGCUUUGUUGUUUCAUUUUAAACCUCUCAGUGUAAUUUGCAAGUGGUUGUUUCCCACAAAGGACUGGAUCUGCAGGGCUGUCAUUUACAUUAAAAUAUAAAAUUUUUUUAAAGUUGUAGUUGAGGUUCAUAAAUAGUUUGUCAUAAAACUGCAUUAAAAUAUUUUAAAAUGUUUAUGGAAAAGUGGUGGUUUCAUUUUAUAUUUUAUACCAAAUUCAUGAAAUAAAGCACAUACACAACCAGCCAGUGAUCAUAUAUUUUAUUUUAGAAUUAUCACAUAGAAAUAAAAUCGGUUUUAAAUCCCUAUAUGGCAUACCAACUAUAUAUAAAAAGCUGCUGAUGCCUCAUGGAAAACUUUGGAAAGCUUUCUGCUUAGAUAAAUUCUGCUCAUAUAUCCCAUAUAUGGUGAAUCAAAACCAGACCUGUGUUUCUUCGGGAACUCUCUUACACUCUUGCUGUUUAAUUUAUUGUUUGAGGGAAAAAGGAAGUGGAUUUAAUCCAGAUUUACACUGGUCAAAUUAGUCCACAAUCUUUGAUUUGUGACAGAGUUUAUUAAUAAAGAUGAGAGAGUUUUCACAAACUGCUGAUGAGCUGUUAGGAAUCCCAUUUUCUUUCCACGGAUGUGCCCAUAAUAACAAAACUGAAGGCAUGUUGCUGUUUUCUCAGGUCUCUAACACACAUUAUAUUUAAAAUAAAUUGUUGCUAAAUUUUUGAUUUGAUGAAUCAGUUUAAUUAUUAAUUCCUGUGCUUCCAUACACCACCUUAUUUCCAAGGGUUUAUGGUCAUUAUAAAAUAAAGGGAGAAAAUUACUCAGGAACGAAACUUGCACUCCCAGUCUGUCUCUCUCUCUGCAUAAACAUAUGUAUCUAACGUAAAAUCAGAAAAUUUACUUCUGGAUUCUGUGAAACCAUUGAUCCAUGGAUCAAUGCCCACACAGAAUGAAAGCCGUAUAUGGCCUUUUCCGAUAUAUGAAAGUAAAAAGGGUAAGCCGAAGGCGAAUAUUUCUGCUUUAGGGCAUAGGGCUUUUUUUAAUCUUUGUAAGUGUAUGUGUGUGUGUGAGUGUUUAGUUCAGUCGGUGUUGACAUUUUUGCAGCUUUUUGGCUUGUAGUAUGGACGUAGUUCUCGUUGUAUUUGAAAUAAGUGUAGAGGUAUUCGGCGCAAGUAUUCUAACAAACAACCCCUGGCCAUGUUCAGAAACUUUUUCAUGACACGUCGUUGUACAUGCACCUGUAGUCACAUGAUCCAGCACUCAAUAUGAUACAUAAAUAUUGAUUUACACAAUAGCUCCUUCUGUUCCAGUAGGUCAGAAAAGGGAUCGUGCAUUUUUUAAAUACCUUUAAAUCCAUAUUUGCCCAAUGGACUUUAACUGCCCUUUUUAUAGGUACAGUAUUACAGUUUAUUAGGUAUAUGAAAUAUAUACAUACACACACUUAUAUCUAUAUCUAUAUAUAUAGAUAUUGAAAUACACACACACACAGAUAUAGAGAUAGAUAUAGAUAUAUAAAGAGAGAGAGAGAGAGCAAAGAAAUCCCUACUGAUUUAUUUUCAGUAUAUUCUUUGAUGAGGCCUAACGCAUUCAUCACUGUGGUAUCCAGAUGCCCAUCAAAUGGUAAUGAAUUUCUACACUACGUGAUAUAGGGAAGUGGUAUCAUGAUGCCCAGUUUACAGAUGGGGAAGCUGAGGUGCAGAGAUGGGAUGAGCUUGUCCAAUACUGGACAAGCUCAGGGAGGACUGGCCCACCACAGCUCUCUAGAAUGUCUCUGUAAAGGGAAGCCUUCCAUCCUUGUCUCCCUUGAGGGGCCAUUGCUGAGCCCACGGCAAACCUGCAUACUUCAGGAGAUUUCUGACUGUUGGUUUCAUUAUGAAGCCUCCAUUAUUUCCUAAUGAAAAUACUGAAAACCUCAUUUGGGUAAAUUAAGGCUAGCGUCCAACCCAAAAGCUUGGAAACAAAAUUCAGCAACGUAAGCUUACCUUUAACUUCAGAGUGUGGAUUUUUUCCCCCAAUGCCCUAUAAUUCGUCCUGCAGCUGGUCCAUGUGCGUGGAACACUUUAGCAUUAAUGACUCAUCAUCACCUUUAGCUUUGAAUUUCUGGACUGCGCUGAUUUUGUAUCUCCUGCAAUGGAACAUUUUAUCAGAGGACCUUUUCUCUAGUCAGAGGUUCUUUAUAACUCGCACUACUACAGUAGUUGCAUGUUCAGAGUUUGAUCUGGACUUGUUGAAGUACCUGGUUGUCUUUCCAUUGACUUCAUUGGACUUUGGAACAAGACUUCAAGGCAAUGAACACUUUGGGGCUUCAGCGGUGUUUCCCUUAUAAAGAAUGUUGCUUAUAUCUGAGUUUGCUAUAAACAGGUUCUUUUGUAUGUAAUGCUAGUUAACCAUUAACUAGCAGGGGUUUGGUAUGUAAUACAUCUAUUUUCAUGGCAGAAAACUCUGUCUUUGUCAUCUCUUCUAAAGUCUCUUUGUAAAAUUACCUAACUUUUAAAAUAUGCAUAAACAAACAUGGUUAUACCUGUUAAUUUUAAGAGCCAUUACUAUGUCCAAACUCUCUCAAAACAAACAUUUUGAAUGCAUAUAGAUUGCCACAACUUCAGAAUGCCAGCAUAUUCAUAAAGUGGAUGAAACAUGAUUAUUUUACUUAAUACUAUGUUUCAUUAACUGAAGUCUAAUAACCGCUUUUAGGAUCUUCAUUGUUUCGGGUGUAUCUGUCUUUUGGACAACUUCAGUUUGCAGAGAUGGAUGGGGUGUUUUCCAUGUGAAGGAUAAGUUUUCAAUCCCCUUCUUCUGACAUUCAGUUCCCUCUAGUGAAACUACAUCUGUACAAGUUUGAAGUGAGAAGAAUCCAUGAAAACACAGACAAAGCGCGUGUGUGUAUGUGUAUGUGUACACUUAGUUUUCAUAUAUAUAUAUGAAGACUAAGCAAGGAAAAAGAAAAGGCAGCCAUUCAGAUCAGUCUUGUGGCUCAGUGCUCACAUUUAAAAAAAAUUAGGCCCUCUUGAAAUAUUACAGAAUUAUCCUUGCAGUGUCAGGUUCCAAGAUAAUGAUGUGUCUGUGUGUGAAAAUAUUAAAUUGCAAUAACAUGCAGAGUGAGUGCCUUUCUGAAUGGGGUAUUCAGUUCACAGCUUGGACAAUCCGUAAAGCUAGUGAGUGACAGAAUACAAAUGGUGUCAUAAAACAUCGGGGGAAUUUACAGCCAGCCUCCAUCUUUUUGAUCUAUAUACUAUCUAACCAACACCCUCUAUCUAUCCAUCUUUUGUUAAUGAAACAGCUAAACAUAUUUAAUUAUUUAUUGCUGUUUAAUGUCAGGAGUUAUCAAAACAGACUUAAUUUUUUUCUUACUUAAAGGUAUGAGGAGGCCCCUAAAUUGUAUGUAUUGAAGUCUGGGAUGUUUCCUGUCCAAAGAUAAUGCUUUAAAAUGUUGUCUUUACACAUAAUUGUUUUAACAUUUUAGUUGCUUGACGAAAGUGUCUGUUUUAACUUCCUUGCCUAAUAGCCUGGCUUAGGCGCAAACACUUUGCUCAGUUCUUACAUUGCUUGCUUUUCCCUUCAGCAGAUAAAAUAUAAAUAUGGUAGGAAAAAAGGGGUGUCUCGUCUUCUGGCAUCAAGGAAUAAUUAAACAUGGGAAACCAGAUUCAGCACCCGUAAACUGGCUUAUCUCUGAGCCGAGUCAGCUGUAGUUCUGGCCCAAUAACAGAUUUAAAAGAUAUUUUUUAAAUGUUUCUUUCAUGCAGUUUGCUGCGCCUUCUCUGCAUCUGAAAAUUAGCCCUACUGAAGGCUAUGUACCUCAGUUUAAUAAAAACUUGCAAUCUUUAAGCAUGCCAAAUAUUUUCAUGGCUAUGCUGCCUGGAGAGUCUCUUUAUGUAUAAGAGGUCUAAAAAUGGACCCUUGAAGCUGACCUCCGUUCUGAAAUGUUAGGUGCAGAUAAUGCAACUGAACUGAGAAUCUCUUGUUUUAUAGAUGGAAAUUCCAGAAUUGCAAAUCCCACAGAGUCUCUAGGCUUUUUUUCCUGCCCCCCAGUCUCUUCCCCAUAGAGGUGUUAAUCUUCACCCUCUAAAGGUUAGGUUGAGCUGCUAAAAGCCACUGUUUGUUAUUGAAUCUCAUCUGCUAAUUAUGGGGUAGACUAGGUGUUCGGGAUCCAUCCCUGCUAUACCACCUGGGUCUUCUCUAUUGGCAGCUUUGAUAAGGGAUCAUUUUUUCCUCUUUACCUAAGCUCUCCCUUUACCAGUGGUUUUAAAUUGCUUUCCAAUCCUGACAGACUACCCUCAGUUCAAAGAGAAAUGGGGAGGAGGUGGAUGGUUAUAGCAAGUCUUAGGAGUCCAUUACCAGAGGACUUGAAUUCUGUGAGGAUCUCUUGGGAAAUGCCCCUGCUUGGCCCACCAAACAGAGUAUUGCAUUGUGAGGAAAAAGGGCAGGAGGAUAAAGGAAUCCGGCCUCACUUUUCUCCAACAAAGGAUCCUCAAUACUUUUAUUCAGCAGAAAAUAGAAUAAUAUUUCUGGGUUUGCUUUGAAAGCCAUUUUCUGCUGGCUACCUCAGACAUUUUUGACUGUUUCUGUGCACAAGGGAGAUUUUUUUUUUCCGAGGGGGUAGAACUCUAAGCCUGAAAUGAGAUAUAAAUGCAGGCAACCCAGUGCCAACGUAACAGUAAAUAAGCUGUGGUUUAUUACUAGUAUUGCUAUUUCAUGUAUUAUUUGUAUUACAGUAGUGCCCGGAGGCCCCAGUCAGGAUUGAGGCCCCAUGGUGUUGGGUACUGCACAAAAGGACAGUGAUAGCGAGAUUGUAAAUAAUAUGUACGAGACCGAUCCCGAUCUCCUGGCUGGUGAGAGUGCAGAGGAGGAAACAGAGGACAGUAUUAUGUCCCCCAUCCCUGUCGGCCCUCCAUCACCUUUUCCCACCAGCGAGGACUUCACCCCCAAGGAGGGCUCACCUUAUGAAGCUCCUGUCUACAUUCCUGAUGACAUUCCAAUACCAGCAGAUUUUGAACUCAGAGAAUCCUCGAUUCCAGGGGCAGGGCUAGGGAUCUGGGCCAAAAAGAAGAUUGAAGUUGGGGAAAGAUUUGGACCUUACACGACAGUGCAAAGGAACACGCUAAAGGAAACAAACUUUGGAUGGGAGCAAAUGCUGACUGAUCCUGAGGGGGCAUCCCAAGAGGGCAGUAUAAAAAAGACCACUGAUGACCUGGGGAAUGAGAAAUUCUGUGUUGAUGCUAACCAGACUGGAACUGGAAACUGGCUGAAGUACAUCCGAGUGGCCUGUUCCUGCGAUGAACAAAAUCUAGCUGUGUGUCACAUUAAUGACCAGAUCUAUUAUAAAGUUAUUAAAGAAAUUGAGCCAGGAGAAGAACUGUUGGUGUAUAUGAAGGAAGGGGCUUAUUCGCUUGGGAACAUGCCACCCAGUAUGGAAGAGGAGCACACAUUUCGCUGCGAAGACUGUGAUGAACUCUUCCAGUCAAAGCUGGACCUGAGGCGGCACAAGAAAUAUGCCUGCAACACUGUCAGCUCUCUGUAUGAGACCCUGAAUGAGGAGAUAAAACAGGAAGGCCUCAGCGAUGGGCAGGUCUAUGAGUGCAAAGACUGUGAGAGAAUGUUCCCCAAUAAAUACAGCUUGGAGCAGCACAUGGUAAUCCACACGGAGGAGAGGGAGUACAAGUGUGACCAGUGUCCAAAGGCUUUCAACUGGAAAUCAAACCUGAUUCGUCACCAGAUGUCACAUGACAGUGGCAAACGCUUUGAAUGUGAAAAUUGUGUGAAGGUGUUUACCGACCCCAGCAAUCUCCAGCGGCACAUCCGUUCCCAGCAUGUUGGCGCACGAGCUCACGCCUGCCCGGACUGCGGCAAAACCUUUGCCACUUCAUCUGGCCUCAAACAACACAAGCACAUUCACAGUACUGUCAAACCUUUCAUAUGUGAGGUCUGUCACAAAUCCUACACACAGUUCUCCAACCUGUGCCGCCACAAACGGAUGCAUGCAGACUGUCGCACUCAGAUCAAAUGCAAGGACUGUGGGCAGAUGUUCAGCACUACCUCCUCUCUCAACAAGCACCGGCGCUUCUGCGAGGGCAAGAACCAUUACAACCCUGGGGGGAUUUUUGCCCCUGGCCUCCCUUUAACUCCAACCUCCAUGAUGGACAAAUCCAAGCCCUCACCCAACCUCAACCAUGCCAGCCUGGGAUUUAACGAUUACUUUCCAUCCCGACCGCACCCAGCGGGUCUUCCAUUUUCACCUGCUCCCCCAGCAUUUCCCACCCUCACUCCAGGAUUCCCAGGGAUUUUUCCACCCUCUCUGUACCCCCGGCCUCCCUUAUUGCCUCCCACCUCGCUGCUCAAGAGUCCACUGAACCACACUCAAGACGCAAAACUUCCAAGCCCCUUGGGGAACCCAGCCCUGCCUCUGAUUUCUGCAGUGAGCAACAGCAGCCAGCCUGUCUCAGGAGAGGAGAAAUGUGAAAGCAACCUAGAAAAUUCCUACCUUGACAAGCUGAAAGCCAGGAACAGUGACAUGUCAGAUGGCAGCGACUUUGAGGAUGUCAACACCACCACAGGCACAGAUCUGGAGACCACGACCGGUACUGGGUCUGACCUGGACAGCGACGCAGAAAGCGACAGGGAAAAAGUGAAGGACAAAAGCAAACAGACUGAGAGCAAGCCAGACUUUGUCGGCAGUUCUGUGUCCACAAGUUCUGUCAGCAAUGCGAGUGAGAUCCCCCUUUUCUAUUCUCAGCACUCUUUCUUCCCUCCCCCCGAAGAGCAGCUGCUGCCUACGACAGGGGCAGCCAAUGACUCUAUAAAAGCCAUUGCCUCCAUUGCAGAGAAAUACUUCGGGCCUGGCUUCAUGGGAAUGCAGGAGAAGAAGAUGGGUUCCCUCCCAUACCAUUCCAUGUUCCCAUUUCAGUUCCUCCCCAAUUUUCCCCAUUCACUCUAUCCUUUCACGGAGCGGACCCUCAAUCACAACUUGCUGGUCAAGGCUGAACCAAAGUCACCCAGGGACCUUCACAAAAUGGGCAGCAGCAGCUCAGAAUCGCCCUUCGAUCUCACCACAAAACCAAAAGAGAUUAAGCCAAUCUUGCCGCCACCCAAGGUCCUGCCAGCCCCAUCUUCUGGGGAGGAACAGCCACUGGAUCUAAGCAUCAGCAACCGCAUCCGUGCCAGCCAGAAUGGAGGGAGGGAGCCCCGGAAAAACCACAUAUAUGGGGAAAGGAAGCUAAUGGGUAGUGAAGUGCUACCCAAGAUUUCUCAGUCUCAGCUCCCUCAGCAGCCAUCCCUGCAUUAUGCUAAGCCAUCGCCCUUUUUCAUGGACCCCAUAUACAGCAGGGUGGAGAAGCGGAAGGUGACAGACCCAGUGGGUGCCCUAAAGGAGAAGUACUUGCGACCCUCCCCGCUGCUUUUUCACCCCCAGAUGUCAGCCAUAGAAACCAUGACAGAGAAACUGGAGAGUUUUGCAGCCAUGAAGGCAGACACUGGCACUUCUCUGCAGCCCCUCCCACAUCACCCCUUCAACUUCCGGUCCCCACCUCCCACGCUGUCAGAUCCCAUCCUGCGCAAGGGCAAGGAGCGCUAUACCUGCAGGUACUGUGGUAAGAUCUUCCCACGGUCGGCAAAUCUGACGAGGCAUCUCCGGACACACACAGGGGAACAACCCUACAGGUGUAAAUACUGUGACAGAUCAUUCAGUAUUUCCUCUAACCUCCAGCGGCACGUCAGAAACAUUCAUAACAAGGAGAAGCCAUUCAAAUGUCACCUGUGUAACCGAUGCUUUGGGCAGCAGACCAACCUAGACCGACACCUGAAGAAACACGAACAUGAGAAUGUUCCAGUGAGCCAGCACUCUGGAGUCAUCACAAACCACCUUGGGACCAGUGCCUCCUCUCCAAACUCGGAAUCCGACAACCAUGCACUUUUAGACGAGAAAGAGGACUCGUAUUUCUCUGAAAUCAGAAAUUUUAUUGCAAAUAGUGAGAUGAAUCAAGCAUCAACUUUAGCAGAUAAAAGGCCAGAAAUCCAAGACAUAGAUGGCAGCUCCCAAUGUCAUGGAUUAGCAAGUGAGAAAGCAGAAGAUGUGGAUGAUGAAGAUGAAGAACUGGAAGAGGAAGAUGAUGACAGCCUGACAGGGAAAUCGCAGGAGGAAACAGUAUCGCCCACAACAGAGCCCCGAGGAACAUUUGAGGAUGAGGAGGAUGAAGAGCCCACAUCCCUCACCAUGAGCUUUGACCAUACCCGAAGGUGUAUUGAGGAGGACGAAGCCGGCUUGUUAGAUUUGGAGCAGAUGCCGAAUUUUGGGAAGGGGCUGGAUCUUCGCAAAGCAGCCGAGGAAGCAUUUGAAGUUAAAGAUGUGUUUAAUUCCACCUUAGACUCUGAGACAAUAAAACAGACUCUGUACAGGCAGGCUAAAAACCAGGCUUAUGCAAUGAUGAUGUCCCUUUCUGAGAAUGCUCCCCUCCACACUUCUUCCCAGAAUUCUCUGGAUGCUUGGUUGAACAUGGCAGGAGCAGCUUCAGAGUCGGGGACCUUUAACCCCAUUAACCACCUCUGAGAGGUCGAGAAGGCACUGGGUCAGAGUCCAAGUGAGGCAGCCGCGGUGCUGUGAUUGCCCUAUCAGAAAUUCCAGCAAGCAGAAGAUGGAUCCCAGGGCCUCGGGCAGUCAGCUGGGGAAAGAAACCUGUCAUGUGUGAUCUGCAGCUCCUGAAUUUUUAUCUCUCUGCAGCUGUUCAGUUCAAACGUGUCGGAACAAAACUCUCCAAACCGGAUAGCCCUGAAGCUGCCCUAGGACCCCACCAUCGCUAAGGAUAGUGUUAACAAGACGGGAAUUGCAUUGGUGCAAUCAAAUAUUGGCCCCCUCAGAGUUGCAAGACAAUACCGCUGAGCCAGCUAGAGUCUCCUUCUAAACUCACACUUGAAACCAUGUGACUCUCCACCAUCCAUUCAGUUCAGUUGACUAACUGUAACAAGGAAAACAUGAAACUAGAUCACAUCCGUCCCUGGUGUAAUUCUAAAUGUGGUUACUGGAAUUAUACCAAGGAAGGGCAAAGUUGGGCCCAUUUUAUUUAACUUGCCUCUUUUAAAGAGAUUGAAAUUCUGCAUCUGCACAGAUUUCCACCCUCCCCUCUGCACGUCCGCCAUCAUCCCCAAGAGAACAUAUACAUGCAAGGCAAAAUGGUGCAGUGAAUCUGCAAUGCAGGCAAUCGGGAUCCCCUACAGCUGGGAUCAUUUCUGCCAGGAGUGUUGCUGGAGCUGGGGACUUAUCUGCAUCAGACAAAACGGUGGACUGUGCCUUGUGAGCUCUGCCCUGGAAAACCCACCCCUCUGUCACUUCUCCCAGAGGGUCUUAAGAAUGAGGCCCCUGCAGUAUUGGUGGGAGCCUGGAUUUUGGCAGAAACUUCUGCCCCAUGCCCUCAUGUUGGUUUGUUGGUGGUUGCUUAUGCACAGCACCCUGCCAUAAUUUGGCCCAUCAUUUUGAUAAGAUGCCUAAAAUUUCUUGGCUUUUAGUAAGCUUAUGAGUACAGAUCUACUUAAACAAGUGGCUAAGAAAAUGUAUCAUCUUUCUGAAUCUAAAUCUAUUUGCAAAUUUUUUUACGGAUGAUUUUAAAUUGCUCAGAAGUCUCAGCUUUUUGGCUGACACAAAACAGCCUCCAGGAAUAUUGCAGCGUGUCUGUGCUAUUUCCGCGUUGUGAUAGCCACCUGGUAUUUUAGCUGGUAUUUUAUAGGUAAAACUAAACUUGAAAAUAAUUAUGACAAGGGGGGGUUGAAACAUGACAAGGAAUUACAUUGGCAACACUGAUGAUGCUUGUGGCUUACGUUUGAGAAAUUCCUAGGUAUUUUAUCAUAGAAUUAGGGUUCCCUCUGGCCUGAAACUUUAAGUGACAGCAAGGGUGCCACAAACUUGCCCAUUCAAUGUGCUGUAUCAGCGACUUGCUAAGGUCCUCGAGGUGCACUGAUGACCCCGUUGCUUAAAUCCUUCAUUCAAAGCCCAUUGGUGUCGAUAGGAGUUUUCCCAUUGACUUCAGUGGACUCUGGGCCAGGCCACUUCUGAGUAUUUGCAGAACUGGGUCACUAGCCAACUUCUGAGGAACUACUCACAAUAGUAAAUGCAUCUGCUGGUCAGUGUUUAUAAAUUUGCUCCCUGCCCUGGUAUUAUCUGUAACAGAACAGACUGCAGCUGCUAUGCUAUUGAACAUGGAGAAGGAGAUUGCUGGAGCAGAGGUCCCUGCAUGCUGUGCUUCAUCUUGAGGUAGCUGCUCAGGUUAAGAUGGAACAUUGUAUUCUGGGGCCUGCAAUCUUAGUGGGCCACACUUCAAGACAUGAGGCUGGGUUUUAGCAUGCCAGGAGCCUCUGUUGGAUGGCUCAUGGCGCUGUGCUUUGUGUGCCUCUUGGGUAAAAGGAAUGAAAGGCUCAUUAGCAGUAUCAAAUUAUUCUCCCCGUUCACUCAGAGGGGGACAUCUCUCCUGCAUGUCUCUCCAAGUCACCGCAUAUAAGUGCCGAAAGCUCCGAAUCCAAUAGCGAUAUGUAACUAACUCCCCUAUUUCAAAUGUUUGCACAAAGCUCUUGGCAAGUGUAGCCCAAGAACUGACAAUGUCAGGAGAAACCAGUCUCUAGGAGUCAGAUGGAACAUUCCUAACCCUGGCACAUCUGCCUAUGGUAUAACAUAACAGUACUUCCCAUUCACUUGGGCUUUAAAUUAUUCCCAUAGGGGCCAAUUUAAAAUAAUAAUUAAUUGUUCUGUUCCUGAUGGAAUUUACCUUAAUCUGUAUAUAACUUGUAAGUUUUUCUAAUUCUUUUCUUAUUUUAUUUCUUCCUUAACAGUAUUUUUUGCAUUAGAUAUCAUUAUUGUGAAGAAAUAAUGUUAAUAUAAGUAUGUAGUGAAGGACCAAAAUUGUGUAAUUAAGGUUGUAUGUUGUAUGAUUGAUAACCAGGGAGUAGGAAGAUAUUUUUAUGUGCCAAAUGACCCUAAAUAAUCCUGCUGUUCUUGCUGCCGAUUUUCCAGACAAUCAUGUAUUUUGUUAAAUUUGAGUUUCAAUUACAUUUGCAUUUAGAAUAAGUGUUCUAUUUAUUUCUUUUAUUUUGUUUGUUUGGGGGAAAAAUAUCAUAACCAGAAAAAAACCUCCCCAAAUGCCCUUAAUAGGACAAAAUAAUCAAAACUCAAAAAAGCAAGGAGAAGUGUAAAUAAAAACAACUGUGAAAAUCCAUAUUGUGGCCAGGAUGCCAUACAAUGCAAAUGUGCCAUAUGUUAAAAACUAAUCAAUGCUUAUUUAUAUAAAAGAGCAGAAGAAAAAUCCUGCCAGUAUAAUUUUUGUUUUAAAUAUAAACAAUCUACACUUUGUACAUACCUGGAACACGAAUCUAGAAGUGUAGAUGGGUAGUUGCAGGAUAACACUGAUUCCAUUAGAGUUUAUAGCCAUUUGCAAAAGCACCAGGUCUAAUUACUAGAACUAAAAGGUUAUUCUUCUGAAAAGAACUCCAUAGUCUAUAGCAAGGCUGUCACCCACAUAGGGUUGGUUUAAUCUUUGCUCUGAAAAACAAGUAUACCUUAAAAGGACCUUCCCAGGUGAGAACCUCAAAUCUGUAGACACUUACAUACAUGUAACUGUACUCACAUGAGUAGCUUGGCAGGAGUACUUAUGUGAUCAUCUCUAGGACCGGGCUUUAGAGUCUCUCAUUCCUGUGAUCAGCAGCGGGCACUAUAAAGCCCUAACUUGGCAAAACACCUAAGUGUGUAACUAACUUUAAACUUAGAAGUAAAUCAAUCCCUGUUCAGUUAAAGUACUUAAGCAUGUGCCUAAAUCCUUGUGAAGUCAAUGGGACUAUUCAUGUGCUUAAAGGUAAGCAUGUGCUCUCAUUCCUUUCUGGAUUGGGGCCAGAGUGCUCUGCCACUUGUAGGAUCAAGUGCAAAGGGCAAGAGUCCUUUGGUGUUUUGUUUGCAAGUCACUGACACCAGUUCUCCUUAGCUUUGCUCCUCCUUAUGAGGGGAUGACAGGGCAGCCAGGUGUCUCCAAAUGAGCACAGAGGCUGUAACAGAAGUGUUACACAGGCCUUUUUUGUCUUCCUUCCAGGGUACAAACUCAGCCCUGCUGUUGUUUGCAUUGCUUCUUCAGAAGAAGAAUGUAGGAAAAGCUCUGAACUCUGCGUCCCUUUUCCCUUAGCCUCUACAAAGGAGGCUGUGCCAUCCCUGCUUGCACUGAGCAGUCCUGCUGAUCUUCUGAUCACUGUGAGCAGGGGCUGACACACUCUUUGCCCUUCUUUACAACAAUGAAAGAUCUUUUAAAAUCAUAAAAUCAUUUCUUUUUUUUCUUUUCAGUUUCCUGUUACUUAAAAAAAAUAUUCCUAUAGCUGGUCUCUCUGCCAAUGUUAGGAUCCAGACUUCUCUAAACCGGUUCUGAUGACCUGUUUUAGGGUUUUUUUUCAGUAACGUAACAAACACAAUGCUUAGUUGAGUUUAUAUUUAUCUGUUAACCCCUCAUUCAAUUGCACUUAAAAUGUGUUCCAAUUUGUAGCUGAUAUUUGUUUUUUUCAGGUUUUUUAAUCUUACUUUGAAGGAUGUUUCCUGAGACUUGCUUAUGUUUAGAAUAAAUAGAGACAAGACGGAGCCUACCAUCAGAAUUGAAAUGAUUUUUAAGCACUAGCCAUGAGAAAAACCUGGGUCCCUAGUUUCAGUUGCAUGUGGAGCAGUGCAGCUCAAAUAUACCCUGCACCACUAAUGCAUUAGGCUCAGGAAGCAAUGCCAUCGAUGUGAUAUAUAAGACUGUGUAGUUAGAGCAAAUGCAGCUUGGUAUUUCUUUGAAAUCAAGGGUACCAUCAUAGAUGUGAUCCUGGCCACCAACUAUUGGGGAGCAGGCACUAUUGCGUUAAUCUGUUUUUGCAGCUCCAGUAGGUAACCACACUGCCACCAUAGCAAAGGGAGGGAAUAGGAUGCAUUACAUCACAAGGGAUGAGCCAACAAAUCAAUCAGCAGCUGAGGCCAUGGACAAGCCUCUGGCUGUGCCAAAUUGUUCCGUACUGCUGAAAUGGAACUGCAUGUUGAUGGGCCCUUCCUUCUGUUAUAGCUACUUUGAAUGUAGAUACUUUAUAAAUGAGCUAAAUAUAAGCGUUAAAAAGUGGUUUACUGUCCUUGCUGCUCCUUUGUGUUGCUCACUCAGAUAUCAGCCUUCGAAAUAAUGAUGUCGGUCAUGGGAUUGGUGCAGUGUGUGCCCAGAGCAAUGCUGUUGCUGUGCUACUUGGUAUUCCAGUACAUCCAGGUUGAAUGCAUCCACUUGUUGCUGGAUGUACCAGAUGUGUCCAAGAUUUGUUGUUAGAUGCACCAGGUAUGUUUCUGUAGAGGAUACCUGCUGGGCUCCUGCAGGCUUCAGGUGCCUACUUCCAAAUGCACCGGCUGCGUCCUAUGUUCCAUUGAUUUCAAGGAAAAAUUACUGCUGCUUAGACCACAACAGGUGUGAUGACAGUGUGCUAGCAACAAGCAAAACAAAACAGGGUUAACAGCCACACAUGAGCUGAAUUUGCGAUGCUGCGUUCGAGGCAAAAUACAAAGUUAUGAUUUCUGUCCUGCUUCAAACUGAUUAGCAGAACUUUUCAAUUUCCCCCAAAUCAGCACUUAGAAUUUCAAUAGACUUACUGAAAACUGCUUCUCUCUCAUUUUAUAUGAAGCAUUAAUAAAAGCACUUGCACAAUGACAUAUUAACAUGUUUAGACUCUAAGCAUCAAAGCACUGGACUGUGAGCCCCCUUCAGCCCCUCCAGCCUACUUCAAUCUACUGACUUACAUUCAAUUUUUAUGUGCUGUAUUUUUGUAUGUGUGUGGCAGGGGAAGGGGGAAGCAUCAUGGUGUAGAAACCUGCACUUUGCUGCCCAUUUAAAAAUGGGCAGGGAGUGAAACAGUCUGCUCAGAUCUGUGCUGGUAACAUGAGGGCAAAAACUUUGCCCCUAAAUGGUCAGUAGUGUUUUUCACCAAGCCAUGAAACUGUUUCUCCAUAGUGUUGAGUGAUACUGUGAUUAAAAUGUUAUUGAAUUAUUCCAAGAUUUCUUUUGUCUUUAUUCUGUCAUUGAUUCCUAUUACCACUUUUGGAAAAAAGAAAGAAAAAGAUAGAAAAAAAAGGCAGCUCUGAUUUCCAAAUGUGCAAUUCACAUGUGAACAAAGUAAUUUUGAAGAUGUUUCUCAAUGUAUUUUACAUUCUCAUUGCUCUCUUGAAAGCAAGAGAUGUUCUGCCCUGAUGUCAUUUCCAGCCUGCAGAAGAUGUAAUUUAAAACAUAUAUAUAUUGUGCUUGCAAGAAUCAUAGAUCCGUGCAUCCUAUGUCAUUCUUUCUCCCAUUGUUACAAUACAGAUUUGAUUUAGUUUUUUUCUUUUCCUUUAGGACUGUAUAGUGUUUUUUUUUUAAAAAAAAAAUCAAUUGUAAAUGUCUGGUUUUCAUAAAAUGUUUAAAAAACAUUGAGAAAGAGGAUGGUGCUUGUUCCAUAUCAUUCUUGAUUGUAUAUUGCUUCUGUUAUGUUUAUAAGUAAACUGUGCAUGACUUGUGUUUAGCAGUCAUUAUUGUGUCUGUUUGUGAAAUUUUUAUUAAAAAGAAAAAAAAUUCCGUAGAUGCACUUAUUGUAUAUGUGAUUAGGUUUUGCGUCCAAGGCUAGAAGCCUUGAACUGCCAAGGAGGAAAAAAAAAAGAAAAAGAGGUGGCAGUUAUUAAUUAAUAUGAAAUCGCUUUGUUGGGAGCAUAAUGAAAUAAAAAGAAAUGAAGUGUAGAAAAUAAUUAAAAAAGCGAUUUUACAAAUUUCAUUUUGAUGCUUGUGAUAAAAGACAAAUGUACUUGUGUAGAGAAAUUCCUUUAAAAUAAUGACUAGGAAAGCUGAUUUUGAGGUUAAUGCUGUAGAAUAGGAAUGUAUACCAAAUGUAAUCUUUCCAAUGCUACAAUGAAUUUAUACAUGAGAUUGAUAUGCAAUAAACCUGUGUGCUUUUCUAA